CUGUGGCUUGCCCCAUAGUUGAUCCUUCUCUUUGUCCACUUCUCAGCGAAGAUGGCACUUCAGGGAGCCCUUCCCUUGCUGUUGCAGAGAGAGCAGCGCCCUCCCCAGUCAUGUCCAACCUUGAACUCUGUUUUGUUUUCUUCAUAGCCCUAGCAUCAUAGAAAAUCACCUUGUGCAUUCGUUGAUGUCCACGGGGGCAAGGGCUUUGUGUUGCUUAACCCAGCAUCCUGAACCGUGUUUGUUGAAUGAAUACAGGACCCCGUUUGCUCUGGGGGAGCAUAGAAAAAGAGUCUUCUAUCAUAUAUCAUAGCCAGCUGCAAACAGCAGAUGGCUUCCCAUAUCCCAGAGAGUAAGAACGAGAGAGAGAGAGAGAGAGAGAGACAGAGACAGAGAGAGAGAGAGUGUUUGGGUCUUUCUCCUCUGUCCCUGCUCGGGGUAGCAGUUAGCAUUCCCCAACUGGUUCCACCAGGCUCAGUCAAGGUCUCUGGGACACGGCCACCCCCGACCUGUGUAAAGGGUCCUGCUGGGGUGGGUGGGUGGUAGUUGGUUCUGGUUUGGGUCAGAAGCACCCAGUGGCCCAGGUGGGCGUGGGGCGAGGGCGCAGACGAGAAGGGGCACGAGGGCGCCGCUCGGAGGACCCAGCUGCAAGCACCGGUCCCGGGCGCGCCCCAGCCCACCCACUCGCGUGCCCACGGCGGUAUUAUUCCCUAUAAGGAUCUGAACGGUCCGGGGGCGGCCCCGCCCCGUUGCCCCGUGCCCCCGGCCCCGCCCCCUUUUUGGAGGGCCGAUGAGGUAAUGCGGCUCUGCCAUUGGUCUGAGGGGGCGGGCCCCAACAGCCCGAGGCGGGGUCCCCGGGGGCCCAGCGCUAUAUCACUCGGCCGCCCAGGCAGCGGCGCAGAGCGGGCAGCAGGCAGGCGGCGGGCGCUCAGACGGCUUCUCCUCCUCCUCUUGCUCCUCCAGCUCCUGCUCCUUCGCAGGGAGGCCGUCCGCGGAGUCCUGCGCCAGCGCCGAGGCAGCCUCGCCGCACCCCAUCCCGUCCCGCCGGGCACUCGGAGGGCAGCGCGCCGGAGGCCAAAGUUGCCCCGCACGGCCCGGCGGGCGAGCGAGCUCGGGCUGCAGCAGCCCCGCCGGCGGCGCGCACGGCAACUUUGGAGAGGCGAGCAGCAGCUCCGGCAGCGGCGGCAGCAGCGGCAAUGACUCCUUGGCUCGGGCUCAUCGUGCUCCUGGGCAGCUGGAGCCUGGGGGACUGGGGCGCCGAGGCGUGCACAUGCUCGCCCAGCCACCCCCAGGACGCCUUCUGCAACUCCGACAUCGUGAUCCGGGCCAAGGUGGUGGGGAAGAAGCUGGUAAAGGAGGGGCCCUUCGGCACGCUGGUCUACACCAUCAAGCAGAUGAAGAUGUACCGAGGCUUCACCAAGAUGCCCCACGUGCAGUACAUCCACACGGAAGCUUCCGAGAGUCUCUGUGGCCUUAAGCUGGAGGUCAACAAGUAUCAGUACCUGCUGACAGGUCGCGUCUAUGAUGGCAAGAUGUACACAGGGCUGUGCAACUUUGUGGAGAGGUGGGACCAGCUCACCCUCUCCCAGCGCAAGGGGUUGAAUUAUCGGUACCACCUGGGUUGUAACUGCAAGAUCAAGUCCUGCUACUACCUGCCUUGCUUUGUUACUUCCAAGAACGAGUGUCUCUGGACCGACAUGCUCUCCAAUUUCGGCUACCCUGGCUACCAGUCCAAACACUAUGCCUGCAUCCGGCAGAAGGGCGGCUACUGCAGCUGGUACCGAGGAUGGGCCCCCCCGGACAAAAGCAUCAUCAAUGCCACAGACCCCUGAACGCCAGACCCUGCCCCACCUCACUUCCCUCCCUUCCCGCUGAGCUUCCCUCGGACACUAACUCUUCCCAGAUGAUGACAAUGAAAUUAGUGCCUGUUUUCUUGCAAAUUUAGCACUUGGAACACUUAAAGAAAGGUCUAUGCUAUCAUAUGGGGUUUACUGGGAACUAUCCUCCUGGCCCCACCCUGCCCCUUCUUUUUGGUUUUGACAUCACUCAUUUCCACCUGGGAAUUUCUGGUGCCAUGCCAGAAAGAAUGAGGAACCUGUAUUCCUCUUCUUCGUGAUAAUAUAAUCUCUAUUUUUUUAGGAAAACAAAAAUGAAAAACUACUCCAGUUGGGGAUUGUAAUUCCCACCCCUCUUGCUUCUUCCCCACCUCACCAUCUCCCAGACCCUCUUCCCUUUGUCCUUUUCCUCCAAUACAUAAAGGACACAGACAAGGAAGUGGCUGAAAGGCCAACCAUUUCAGGAUCAGUCAAAGGCAGCAAGCAGAUAGACUCGAGGUGUGUGAAAGAUCUUACACACCAGGAGCUGCCACUGCAUGUCCCAACCAGACUGUCUGUCUGUGUCUGCAUGUAAGAGUGAGGGAGGGAAGGAAGGAACUACAAGAGAGUCGGAGAUGACGCAGCACACACACAGUUCCCCAGCCCAGGGAUGCUUGCAUUGACCAGAUGUUCCUGAGUCUGGAGCAAGCACCCAGGCCAGAAUAACAGAGCUUUCUUAGUUGGUGAAGACUUAAACAUCUGCCUGAGGUCAGGAGGCAAUUUGCCUGCCUUGUACAAAAGCUCAGGUGAAAGACUGAGAUGAAUGUCUUUCCUCUCCCUGCCUCCCACUAGAUUUCCUCCUGGAAAACUCUUUGGUAGAUUUGGCUGGGAGCUUGCUUUUAUGUAAAUUGGUGAAAUACACACAUCUUACACUAUCCACAGAUAUAGCCAAGUAGGUUUGGGUAGAGGAUACUAUUUCCAGAAUAGUGUUUAGCUCACCUAGGGGGAUAUGUUUGUAUACACAUUUGCAUAUACCCACAUGGGGACAUAAGCUAAUUUUUUUACAGGACACAGAAUUCUGUUCAAUGCUGUUAAAUACGCCAAUAGUUUAAUCUCUUCUAUUUUGUUGUCGUUGCUUGUUUGAAGAAAAUCAUGACAUUCCAAGUUGACAUUUUUUUUUUUCAUUUUAAUUAAAAUUUGAAAUUCUGAACACCAUCAGCACCCUCUCUUCCCUAUCACAGGUCAUCUGACCCCUGUCCGUCUCCUUUUCCCUGCUUCAUGUUUGGGGGCCUUCCUUUUAACUGCCUUCCUGGCUUGGCUCAGAUGGCAGAUGAGAGUGUAGUCAAGGGCCUGGGCACAGGAGGGAGAGCUGCAGUGUCCUGCCUCGGCUGGAGGGACACCUCUCCUGGGUGUGGAGACAGCUUGGUCCCCUUUCCCUAGCUCCCUGGUGAAUGCCACCUUCUAAGAUCCUCACCUCUUGGAAUUAAAAUUGUUGGUCACUGGGGAAAGCCUGAGUCUGCAACCAGUUGUAGGGUUUCUGUUGUGUUUUUUUUUUUUUUUUUGGAAAUAAAACUAUAAUAUAAAUUCUCCUAUUAAAUAAAAUUAUUUUAAGUUUUAGUGUCAAAAGUGAGAUACUGAGACUAGGUGAUAAUGUAUAUUUUACGGGGGUGGUAGGAUGGUGACAUUGAACAUGAUUGCUCUCUGUCUCUUUUUUUCAGCCUAUGGGUAUUUAUCUUCUAUUAGUAUUUGUAUCUUCAGUUCAUUCCACUUUAGGAAACAGAGCUGCCGAUUGAAACAGGAGAAGAAGAAAAAAAAAAAAAGCAGCAGACAACACGUUGUAGUGUCUUGCACACACACAAGUGCCCAGGCAAGGUGCUUGGCAGAACCCCAGAGCGGGAACACAGUACAGGCAUCGGGUUUCCUUGGGAUCAAUUUCAUUACCAUGUACCUUUCCCUCUGUGGUCAUGCCAUUUGGCAGGGGGAGAAUGGGAGGCUUGGCCUUCUCUGUGAGGCAGUGUGAGCAGAAGAAGCUGAGGCUGGCAGGUCAGUGGUUUUGAAGGGAUGAGCCCAGACUUGAUGUUUUGGGAUUGUCCUUAUCUUCACCUCAAGGUCUUGCAUGGUGGGGCCCCUGACCGACCUACACAAGCUCCCUCCCACGAGGGGACAUCAGUGUCUUCUCUAUGGGGCAUCUGGCCAUUUACACUCCCUGGGGUGGUCAGCCCCUCUCACACAAGGAGGAACUUGGGUGAAGGCUGAGCGUGAGGCACCUGACGUUUCCCUGCAGAGUCGAUAAAUUAGCAGAACCACAGCUCCAUCUGUUAGGCUUUGGUGAGGAGGCCCUGGGCAAAGAAGGAUCUUUUGCAAAGCAAUGUCAGAGGGCGGUUUUGAGCUUUCUAUAAACUAUAGCUUUUUUAUUUCACCCGUUCACUUACUGUAUAAUUUAAAGUCAUUUAUGUAGCUGAGACACUUCUGUAUUUCAAUCAUAUCGUGAACAUUUUAUUUUGCUAAAUCUUGUGUCAUGUGUAGGCUGUAAUAUGUGUACAUUGUGUUUAAGAGAAAAAAAAAUGAAACCCACAUGCCGCCAUUUUCCUGAAUCAAAUUCUACAGUGGAAUGGAGAGGAAAAUACUUCUAGGCAAGCAGCUAGACUGGUGAAUUGGGGGAACUAGAAGGAACUAGUAACUGAGACUCCUCCAGCCUCCUCCCUAUUGGAAUCCCAAUUGUUCCUGGAGUAGGAAAAAAGUUUAAAGUACAUUCAUGUUAUUGUUCUGUGUCACCCGGCCCUGGGUAGUCUACCAUUUACUUCACCCCAAGUCCUGUUGCCUAUCCAGUUGGGAAGCCAUGAUUUUCCUAAGAAUCUAGGGCCAUAGGAGAUACAAUUCCAAGUUCUCACUGCCUCCUUUGGGCAUCUCUUCUGCCUGCCAAUCAAGGAAGCUCCACGCCCAGGCUCCCAGCUCUCAGGCCAGUGCUCUGCUCUGUCCAGGGUAGGUAAUACUGAGAGACUCCUGUCUUUUACCCUCCCCUAGUUCCAGACCAGCCUCAUGGUGGCAACAUGGUUCUUGAACAAUUAAAGAAACAUGACUUUUUGUAAUAGCCCUGUCUAGGGGAAACUGUGGCCCACAGGAGACACUACCCUUCCGUGCCCCAGACCUCUGUCUUGCACGUGACAACUGACAGUCUGGACUACCCCAAGAUGGCUUCCAGCUACCUACGGUAAACAUGUCACUAGAGUAUUUUUAUCAGAGAGAAACAUAAUAAAAAUCUGAUGGCAAAAGCAAAACAAAAUGGGGGAAAGUAGGGGAGGUGGAUGUGAUAACAACUUCCAAAUUGACUCUUUGGAGGCAAGAGGAAGGGAAGAACUUGGAAAAUAGGUUUUGCUUUGGGGGUAGGGGCUUCUUAGAUUCUCCCAGCACCCGCCUUUCCCUUUAGCCAGUCUGCUGUCCUGAAACCCAGAAGUGAUGGAGAGAAACCAACCAGAGAUCUCGAACCCUGUCUAGAAGGAAUGUAUUUGUUGCUAAAUUUUGUAGCACUGUUUACAGUUUUCCUCCAUGUUAUUUAUGAAUUUUAUAUUCCGUGAAUGUAUAUUGUCUUGUAAUGUUGCAUAAUGUUCACUUUUUAUAGUGUGUCCUUUAUUCUAAACAGUAAAGUGGUUUUAUUUCUAUCACACA